AUGGCCGCGACAGCGCCCGGCGGCCAGGAGAUGGCAACCGUCCUCCUCGGCCUGAUGACCACGUUCAUGUACACGUCCAUAGUUUUCGGCUGGGGCUCAUGGCAAGCGCUUCUGGAAGAAGAUGGCGUCUAUCAAUCCCUCUGCUCAGGUGAUGGUUCAUGCGACGACCGGACCAGCCGCAUGAUCCUGCUGUUCACCGUGGCGCAGUUUGGAUGGGGACUUUCCGUCACCUUCAUGGGCUUUGCAAUUGACAGCCGCGGACCUCGCUUUGCAUGCGCGGUGGGUGGACUGCUAGAGUCGACCGGGCUGCUUCUUCUAGGAACGGCACGGGGCUGCCUCGAGUCCGUCGUGGAUGGCUUCCUCGUUGGAGUUUUGCUGGUUUCCAUUGGUGGCGGUGCGAUCCAGGUGCAGUCCAUGAAGCUCCCAUUCCUGGUGAACGCCCAGCUCUUCCCCCUCGUGAUGACCAUCGCCAACUGCUUAGAUGAUGCGUCGGCGAGCAUUCCACUUGGCCACUACCAGCUCUACCUCAACGGCUUCAGCCGCUUUUGGAUUUUCAGCUGCUACGGCGGACUGUGCUUGGCACUCUCUGCAGCGUUGGGUUUUACUUGGAGGGGUGGUCCGAAUCGUCGCCUCAGUGCCGUUAGUAUCGCUGAGUACCAGGACGCUGACGCUUGCGACGCUGGCGCUGGUUGGAGGCCUCGGCUCCAUGGGCUCCCGCUCCUUCGCCAGCUUGCAAGCUUCGAAUUCGCUUUCGUCAUGUUGCGAAGCGUCGAGUUCUUGCGGAGCAACCUGUACGUGGGGCUGAACAAGGAGUGGCUGCGAUCUCUCGGCGAUGCAGAGACCCACAACAGCUACCUCAAGAUGUUUACGGCAUCUCUUCCACUCGCGAUGUUCUUUGUCCCUCUUUUCAACCGAUGCCUUGCGCGCGGCUUCGUCUUCACUUUCGUGGUCUCCAUCGCUUUAGGCGAAGUCUGGAACUUGAUCGCCUUAGUCCCGGUCCUGGAGAUUCAGGUCGUGGCUUUCGUGGCUUACACGAGCUGGCGGGCUUUGCUUUUUGCCUGCCUGUACGUCUUCAUCGGGCACAGUUUCGGGAACCGAAGCUCCGGCACCAUCAGCGCCCUCACCACCAUCGGCGGCUGCGCCAUCUCCGGCCUUAUCUGGCCUUGUGCACGGCUUUCGAAAGCACUGGCCGGAUCCCUGGCACCGCUGAACAUGCUGUCCCUGCUCCUGAGCUUGCCUCUCAUCCUGAUGACGCUGUCUCUUCGUCGCCACCUUGCGCUCUUCCCGGCCGGAGAGCUGCCAACCAAACCCGGCGCCGGGUCGCAAGAGCGGCUCUUGCCGUAG